CGGAAGCGAUAUUACGUAUUUCCUGUCGUCGCACACGUGCGAAUUGGAAAACAACUGAUCAAGGUAUCCGUGGUUUAUUAUUUUACCCAAGAAGAUGCAGCUAUGCAGCGUGUGCGCCGAACAGACACCAAAAUACAGAUGUCCAGCCUGCAAAAUCAGAUAUUGUUCACUUGGCUGCUACAAGAGGCACAAAGACACUUGCCUUCCUGCUCAGCAGCUCACACCCGCUGCCUCUGAAGCAAAGGAUGCUUUUAACGCUGAGCCAUGGAGUGUUGAGGAUCUUCUGCAUGAGGAUGAUGUCACUGACAAAGUGCCUCUGCAGAGGCUCCAGCUGUUAGGUCAAUCAAAAGAGCUGAGAGAUCUUCUUUGCAACCCCCAUCUGAGGCAGUUAUUACAGUCCAUUGACAGCGCAGACACCAAAGAAGAAGCGAUGAGGGCUGCCAUGCAGGAGCCCCUGUUUGCCGAGUUUUCAGAUCAGUGUUUGAAAAUUGUAGAAAAUGAUGCAAAAUCACUGACAACUAAUGACAUUGUGGAUUUGUAAAACAGUGCCAGCAUUAGUUUGGCUAUCAGAUAGUUUUUUGAAUAUAUUUUUUGGGGGGGUUGAACUUUUUUUAAAACAUAAAAUGUCUUUUAAUAGGCCACAUUGUGCCUCAUGUGUUGUAUAAUUACUGUAAUUUUUGUUGAUCUUACUUCCAUGUAACAGUAUGUGCAUAGUGUUGAAAUAAAUACUUAUAAUAUCAAUUA